UUGCAUGGCGAAUUCUUUGAGUUAUCCACUCCUCCGAUGGAUGGAGGCGUAGUGAUGUAUGUAUAAUCAAGAACAGAUUUGUCUUUAUACUAUGAAGGUUGCAACAAAUACUUUUUGUUGGGUUGUAUAUGCAAGUAUUUGUAUUUCAGUGUUUUCUGUUACACAGGUAAGGUCGAAUUUUUGCCCGCGAGAAGACUUUUCUCAAUACUACAAAAAGGCGGUAGAAACGGGUUGCACUUGUCCCAAUUUAUAUCGUUGUGAGAACAGUCCAAUAAACCACACCCGUGUUAUUACUCGGCUUCGAACACAGAACCUAAAAUUGGUUGUAUUGGAGGAUGAAGUAUUGUUACAGUCUAAUUACACUUCAGACCCAGAGUGGUGCACAAUACAAGGCUUAGCUCCAGUGUUGGUGGGCUGGAACUUUACUUUUAGUUGUAUGGGGCUUUUGGAUCGAUGUUUAUAUUGUAAUAUGUUUACUCGACAGAAUCAAACGACUCCGAUAUAUCCUGGUGGAAAGGGAGUUUGUGGUGUGAGUAUUUGGAGAACUGCAGUUUUUGCAGUUGGUAUGGUAGCUUGUACUUUUCUUGUAGCAGUUGGAAUUUUCUUUUGUGUAAGAUAUCUGCAACCAAGACUGGCACGAUGGAGAAAUAUUAGGAGGAUGAUUGUCAAUGAAUACAAAUCUCGACCAAAGGUUCCUAUGGCUUAUGUGGAAUAUGGUCAGUCUUUGAAUGCCAAUGUCUAUCUUUGUCGUCCAGAAAGCAAACAUAUAUUUAGAACACGCCAUGGUGUUUAUCAUGGUUCGAAACAUGAGUCUCAACUGCUUAGUUGUUUACCAUUUCAUACCAAUGGCUGGAGUUGUUUGGAAGACUGCGGAUUGAAACGCUUGUCGUCGAGAUUGCUUGGAGAAAGAAACGACACAUAUCUGAUUUCCGUGAAUGUACAGGAUGCUCAAGAGUCAACUGCCCAUGAAGAUCAUGAAUAGUUCCACUGGUUUUUUACUGCACACCAUACAGCUUGUUGUUUCAUACUGAAUAUUUUCUACGAAAUUGUUUUGUAAAGACACAUAAAUAACAACAGCUGUGGGAUAUAUAUUUAUGUAUAUGUGUGUGUGUGAAGAAAGCAAUACUCUUAUCACACUCUUAUUAUUG